CCCGGAAGCGGAAGUUCGCUAGUAUUAGCUGCUGGAGAGUGUGAGGUGGGUUUAUACAUGUCACUAAUCCUCCUUUCUCCGUGUAAGUGUGUGUAUUAUAGAGGGAGGGGGAUAUAUAUGGCGGUCUGACUGCUUCAUGCUGGGCUCUGUGUGUCCAUGGCAUGUGCAAUGUUAAUGCAGGUCUGUAAACACAUUUACCGCCAACAUCGCCUUAUUUACUAACCUCUAUCGCCAGGCGGUACACCUGGACGGCGAGCGUUAGGGAUCAUGCCGUAACCACGUGUAUGUAUGGAAAAACAAACCCAAUGUCCUGCCAUGGGAGCUGGUUUAGGAAAUCCUUCACGGUGUUAGGGGAGUCUUUGACCUGGCACAUGGCUGGCCUGGGAUUCCAUUACUAAAUAUCCGCAGAGAGCCACAGAAAGAGCAGCCAGGGGUUGGUUGGUUUAUUUUAUUUAUUUUUAAAGUUUGUGGGUUUUUAGUUCAUUAGUUGUCAGUCUAUAACUGAUUUUUUUUUUUAUUUUUUUUUUUUAUUGGAUUCCCUAAAUUCACUUGAUAUGAUUUCAUCCUAAUUCCUCUACCUCCCUCCAGGUUUAACCCCUUAAGGACCAAACUUCUGAAAUAAAAGAGAAUCAUGCCAUGUCACACAUGUCAUGUGUCCUUAAGGGGGGUUAACUUCAUCUCGUUUGAAAAUAUAUACUAUAGUUCAAUUGAACUUUGUUUUUUGUUUUUUUAAGUAUUAUACCUGACUGUAUUGUAACUCACAGUAUCUGUUUUCAGCCAUUUUACAAUUUGUUAAUUCAUGUAAAGUACUGAGGAUAAGGGCCCUUAAUAAAACUUGGUAAUUUUUUAAAGGGAUUUUCAAACCAGCAAAAUAACCAGCUUAAAGGGGCACUGUAGUCACCAGAACUACAUCGUCUUAUUGUAUUUGUUCAGGUGAGUAGAAUCAUUCUCUUCAGGCUUUUUGCAGUAAACGUUGUUCUCUUUUCAGUGAAAAUGCAGUGUUUACAUUAGUUUAGGGAUGACUCCACUGGCCACAUCUCAGAUGGCUACUAGAGGUGCUUCCUUGGGCAGUGCUGCACACUGUGCAGUACUGCCAUUCAGGGUCUACCACCCUCCGCAUGCAGACACUGAGUUUUCCUCAUAGACAUGAAUAGAUGCAAUGGAUCUAUGAGGAGAUGCUGAUUGGCCAGGCCUGAGUUUUUCUUGAAGCAGUUUUGGUGUAUAGAUCAUACCCCUUGCUCUCUCACUGCUGAAUUUGCUCACAUUGCUUUACCUCUACUAAAUGCAAUCCAUACAGCCCCCCUACACAUCCUUUCAAGAGAGAGAUCCAUUUAAAAAAAAAAAAAAGUAAGUCUUUAAAAGGGAUUCUAGAAAAAAAAUUUUUUUAGAGGAUCUUUACAACAUCUAGACACACUGGCACAGAUACGGAAAAGUGUAUGUAGCUGAAAUCCUUGCCAUUGUGUAUGCAACGAUCAUGAUUGCUUCACGUUUUCAUAAGCAGAGCCCAUCCAGGUUUUUUUUUAUUUUUAAAUCAAAACUUUGUUUUAAUCGGCAAAAUACAAUUCUUACAGGGACACUACAGCCACCAGAACUGCCUCUUAAUGUAAUGGUUCUGUUGUCUAUAGUCUUCCAUGCGGGCAUUUCAAUGUAAGCAAUGCAUUUUCAGAGAUAAUGCGAUGUUUACAUUGCUGUGUAGUAACACCUCUAGUGGCAGUCACUUAGAUUGCUAUUAAAGGUGCUCCUUAGUCCAGUGAUGCACAAUAUGCAGCAUUUACAUUCAGCAUCUUCACGGAAGCGAUGCAUGUUCCCCAUAGAGAUGCUGACUGGCAGAGAGUUUGCCGCGCAUGCACAAUAGCCUCCUAGUGCUUUCCUCUGGGAAAACAUUGGGUUGGCUGAGAUCAAGACGUAUUAUCUCAGCCAUGGAGGCAAGAUCAGCAUGGCAUUGAUGGGGGGGAAAAAAGGGCGAGUUAAAACUCCUUUUCCAUGUGAUCGGAAGCUGGUCACUAACCUAAGCAGACACACCCAGACAUACACACUCAUGAAUUAUUUGACAUCAUAUUUCCUCUCCUGGUAUCCUGUCAGAGUGAGAAUAUUACAGCUCCCUCGCCUUCUUCCUGUCGGCCGCCUCGGAGGGAAUAGGCUCACAAAUCCCAGGUGCCAGGUCAGAAUUCUUUGUUGUCCUGGCGCCUGGAAUUUGUCAAAUCCUGCCAUAGGUGUUUCACCUGCUACUCCCACCACACUAGUCCCCCCUCAUAGAAUACCUCUUUGUCAUAGUGUAUAAGCUGCGUGCUGAUUGUGUGUAAUCUGUGUGGUGCUAUGUAAGGGGAAAAAAAUGAAAUCACUGUGGCUCAGGGGAGUUAAUCGAAGCAGGAAGAAACCUGUUGUUCAGCAAGCUGAAGUGCUUUAAGGAUAUGUUGUGGUAAUUAAAACUUUGCCAGGUGAUGUAGAGAUAUUCAUGGAUCUCAGUGGUCUAGUUGAGUACUGUGAGGUCUGCACCUCCAGCUGAUGCAAAGCUCAGUAAUGGUCCCAGCACACAGUGAGUCAGAGUGCUGGGAGUAUGUCAGAGCAUGCUGGAAUAUCUGGCAGCUGCGCUCUGACUCACUAGACCGCGAUGGUCCACAAAUAAGUGAUUACGGAAGUCUGCACCCACCGGAGGUGCAGACCUAAUACUAUCUACCCCCAGCACCAGUCUUUCUCAGGGCAGCCCUUAAAGAGUGUGGGGUGGGACACUGCCUACCCAGUGCCCAAAACUGGAUGUCCCUGGCAUAGGGCAAUAUAAUUUCCACAUCCCUACUGAUGUCAACUCUCUAGUGUACACUUGCGCAUGUACACCUUUUGAAAUAUGUGUAGGGGGUCAAUUGUUGCGAACAUCUAGACUGUAAGCUUGUUUAAGCAGGGUCCUCUUCAUCAUAUUGUCCCUGUAAGUUUUUAUAAUUUUCAUUUAUUGUUAAAUCUCCCACUCCAGUAAUAUUGUAAGGAAUUUGUUGGCACUAUAUAAUGCCAAUAAUAAUAAAAAAUUAGUGAAACAGACAUCUACUAUGCCUUAUUCUGGAAGAGAAGCCUGUUCCCAUCAGAUACCAACACCCAAUGGGAAGUGAAGGUGGCAGAAGCUUCUUGAACACCUGCCCAUUGCCACAUUCUACCGAAAACCCCUUGUCCGUAAUACAAAGUAGUAAUAUGUUCUGCUUGUAUUGUUUUUUUCAGUGACAUGCUAAACUUGGGUUAAAAUUUUUUUUUUGAAUUUCUAUCAAUUGACUUCUAACUCCUUAAUUCAUUAAAGGGACACUCCAGUGGCAGGAAAACAAAUUGUUUUCCUGGCACUGCAGGUCCCCUCCCUUCCCCGGUUGCUGAAGGGGUGAAAACCCCUUCAGUGACUUACCAGAGGCAGUGACGAUGUCCCUCGCCACUGCUUGUUGGUCCACCCACGCUCCUCCCCUCCCCACGUCAUCCGGCGGGGGAGACAGAUCCCGCCCACCGACGGGGGAGACCUAAUGUGCAUGCGCGAAAAUUACGCGUAUUAGACCUCUCCAUAGGAAAGCAUUGAAAUUGCUUUCUUAUGGGGAUUUUAGCGACGCUGGAUGUCCUCACACAGCGUGAGGAUGUCCAGCGACCCCAUAGCACAGAACAUGUGCUAUGAAUCGGGAAGUGCCCUCUAGUGGCUGUCUAAUAGCCACUAGAGGAGGAGUUAACCCUGCAGGGUAAUUAUUGCAGUUUAUAAAAACUGCAAUAAUUACAGUUGCAGGGUUACGGGUAGUGGGAGUUGGCACCCAGACCACUCCAAUGGGCAGAAGUGGUCUGGGUGCCUGGAGUGUCCAUUUAAGUAGGAAGUUUCAGUUGAAUUCACAUCCUAUUGUAGUACGUGGCUAUUUUCCAUGAAUAUUUGCUUUGCUAACAGACAGUACAAGCAAAGGAGAUCAUUUGGCAUAUUUCAUCGAAAUAUCCUGCAGUGUGGUCAUUCUCCUACAUCUUCUGAAAUUGCCAUUUGCACUGUCAGAGUUCAUUGUUCCAUCUCCUUGUCAAUUCAUUUAUAAGUAUUGUGAGAAACCAUACUUCAUUUAUUUAUUUUGCAUCAUAUAGUCAAAUUUUUAAUCUCGCAAAAGCUUUCUCAAGCCAGUCAUUGAACUAUUAUCCUGUAGUUCCAAUAUAUUAUCCUGUAGUGUCUUAGACUCCCCUAGUGAAAAUGUCCUGGUGGAAUAUAUACAUUAAAUUCAGUUUUGCUGUGCACAGCGACCUACUCUUCAUUAUUAUUGGCACUUGUAUAGCGCCAACAAAUUCCAUAGUUCCUUACAAUAUUAUAGGAGGGGGAGAACUAAAUGAGACAAUUGCUAAAACGUACAGGAACAAUAGGAUGAAGACGACCCUGCUCAAAGGAGCUUACAGACUAUAGGGGUGGGGUAUAAAGCACAAUAGGACCGGAAAUGGCAGUCAAGCAAGGUGGGAGUGAGGCAGAGCUGAAAGAGAGAGCGAGUAGAGCGCUGCGAUUUAUGAGAGAGCAAGAGACAGGUAUGUGAAGUAGCAGUUACUCUGGGAGGCCAUAAGCUUUCCUGAAGAGAUGUUUUUUUGUUUUGUUUUUUUUACGACUUUAUUUUUGCAUUGACAGAUUUAUAAAGCAGUUGCAUAUGUCAUGGCUUACGCAGAAGCCGUCAACCAAUCGUGCAGUAGUCAUAGUAUAAUGAAUCAGACUUUCGGUGAGGCGUGCUGUACAAUGUUAAUCAGAUGGUCUGCAGUAUGUUUCUGUCAGUUUUUCGUAACAUUUAUAUAAACAGUAGAUUUUGUGAUUAUUGCCAAAAUGCUUAGAAAAUAAGAUAUUUAACAACAAAUACAAAAAUAAAAAUAUUCUAAUAGGCUCAGCGAUAACUAGUGGGUAUACUCCUUUUCGUUAUGUGUCUGAUGUGGACUCCUCAUAUUGCUCCCAGACUUUAGUGAAGUUAGGGGUGGUAUUUCUGACCUGGGCCGUCAGCUUAUCCAUGAUAUAGUUAUCUUUGAUUUUGGCGUGUACUAAUGCCAUGCUAGGUAGGUCUGGGCUAGCCCAUUUCUGUGGUAAGGAGUAUAUGGGAAGGAGAGACAGCGCUAAUUAAUAAACAGGCAGCAACCUUAAAAAGGGGAAACCCUCCAAGCCCUUUUAAAACAAAACAGUAAAAACAAUAAUAAAAGGCUGCGCCAAUAAGAGAGUAAAAUAGAGUGACUAAGAAAAAAUGUCCAACGUAAUAAAUAAAAAUAAAAAUAGAAAUAAAAGUUCAACUUAAGUGUCCUUGCGGAUAGUCUUUAUAGUAAGUAUUGCAGCAGUGAAGUCUUCAUAAGCUGUAUAGGUUCCACUCAUAUAAAAGACAAAAGGGGAGAGAGAAGGACGACCAGUAGUGCAAUAUUGUAUAAUUCCAAAAGUGACGUAUGGAAAAAUAAUAUUAAAGAACUCACAUUUAAUAGAGCUUAUGUCCAGCUCUAGGAUAGAAGCGCAUACAGCGGUAUAAUCCCCGCUUUUGGGAUAUGCUGUGGGUUACUCUCCGUCAGUGGUGUCCAAUUCUCAAACAAGGAAAGAGAGAGACAACCAAUAGUGCUCACUAUUUUAGUAGUCUUAUUAUAAGUAGAUGAAAACGUACUUACAAAUGAGGAGCAGACCAACUGCUCUUGUGUAUCAGCAUAGGUGGAUUAAUCCCCACCUUUAGGAUUUCUUGGAGUGCAGAAGACUUCCGAAGUCAGUAUUGGUAUAUAAUAGUAAAAUGCUAAAAAUAUACUAAAAUAUACUAAAAAGCCAGGUAUAAAAAGAGUAAUGUGUAUAUAAAACUAUAAAAAAGAAUAGUUGGCACAAAUUACCAAAAAUUGCUUUAAUAUUACAAUACACAAUAUAAAAUAUCCAUAACGCGUUUCGUCAACAGACUUUAUCAAAUGGAAUAGCAAACAUUACCUGGCUAGUUGUAUUAUAUAGGAGUUUAAAUUUGGUGCCAAAAAUGGUCCAUCCAAUCAAACUUAAGUUACAUUUGGCAGUAUAAAAACUUUAAAAUACAGCAAUAAAACCAAAAUAUAGGGUCUAAGAACACUCAUAAUUGACUUUAAUAAACAAAACGAAGUUUUUAAAAGCAUAAAUUAAGUGAUUAAAAAUGCGCACGUGACGCGCGGCACUUCCGGUUUUCGGACUAUAUGCCGCUAUGCUUUAUGGGAAAUGUAGUCAAUAAGCCGCGAAUGGCGGCUAGGAGUAUAAUAUAGGCGCUGCCAAAUAUUGGGGGACAUAGAAACGAAAGCCCACAUAGAGGGCAAAAUCUGAAAUGCAUUAGACACUCUGCUAGUAAAAAUAAAAGUAUUGGAAGCAUAAAUUAAGCAAACGAAAUUAAGCACGUGACUUGCGGCACUUCCAGUAUUCGGACAAAAUGCCGCUAUGCUUAAUGGGAAAUGUAGUCGGCUGAAGAUAAGCUCGUUCAAAUUAAAGGGACAUGAAGACAAAAGUUCCCAAAAAGGGAGCUAUAUAUCAAAAAAGAGAGGCAAAAUAAAAGGGACAUAUAAUUAAUGGGGCCAUAUACUAAAGGGGCACAUAUAUAUAAAAUAUAAAUAAAAUAAAUUAAGAAAUAAUAAAACAAUAUUUUAAAUACAGAAAAUAAUAAAUAAAAAAUACAGUUGAGCAAAGUAAAAGGCAUAGGUGUAAAACAGACAUGUAAAAUACUUUUGUAUUACAAAAAAUUAUAUAGGUCAAAGUCUGCAUUGAGGCCAUGGGGUAUAAGGGUCUUAAGGUUAUACACCCAUUCCAUUUCUAUUUUCCCAAGUAGUUUUUUUAUGUCUCCUCCUCGCCAGGGGGUAGAACAUUUUUUUAUACCAAUACAUUUUAGAAGUUUAGGAUCUUUGUUAUGCAUAAUAAAAUGUUUGGAUACUGUAUGAUUUAAGUAUCCAUUUUUGAUAUUCCUACAAUGUUUGCUCAAUCUUAUUUUUAAGCACCUUGUGGUCAUCCCCACAUAUUGGAGACCACAUGGGCAUUCGAGCAAAUAAAUAACAUUUUUAGUGUUGCAGCCGAUAAAAUCAUAAAUAUUAUACAUUUUUUUUAGUCUUAUUGGACAUAAACUGAGUAAUUUUAGAUGGGGUAGAUGGAUCCGUGGUUCUACACACUAUACAUUGUUUGCAUUUAUAAAAGCCUUUUGUUUGUGGGAAGAAGGAGAAACCCCUAACUGGCGAUUCUCGAGUAAAAUUGGUGGUUAAAAUGGAUUUAAAAUUUGGUGCCCCUCUAAACACGAUAUUUGGCUGGUUGGGUAAAAUUGAGUUUAAAAUAUCGUCUUCUUUAAGUAUAUGCCAAUGUUUUUUUAUAAUUUUUUUUGACAUUAUUACUUUUGCUAUUGAAGUUAAAAAUAAUAGGAAGAGAUAUAGAUUCAUCCUUUUCUUUAUUCUUAUAAAUCAGAAGAUCUUUUCGUUCUUUUUGUUUAACUGUAUUAAUUGUGUUAUUAAGCUCUGAUUCUAAAUAUCUUUUUUCCAUAAAUUUAUUUUUUAGGAUAUUAGCUUGUUCAUUAAAAUCUGUUAUUUCUGAACAGUUCCUACGAAGACGUAGGAACUGGCUCUUUGGAGCACUCUCAAGCCAAGGCUUGUAGUGACAACUAGUUUUGUCGAUGGCUGUAUUAACACACACCUUUUUAAAAAAAGUUUUUGUGUGGAGUUGGCCUUCUUUAAUAAAAAUAUUAAGGUCCAAAAAAUUAAUAGAUUCUUUGCUAUAUUCAUGUGUUAAAAUAAUGCCCCUAUCAUUAGUAUUAAGAUAAUUUAUAAAAACAAUUAGGUCUUCUUCUGGUCCUUCCCAAAUAAAAAAAAGAUCAUCUAUGUAUCUAAAAUAUGAGACCAGGUUUGCCCGCCAAGCAUGGUUGCCCCAGAUAGCUUCGGAUUCCCAGUCUGCCAUGAACAGAUUAGCGUAGCUUGGGGCAAACCUAGUACCCAUAGCGGUGCCCCUCUUUUGAAGAUAAAAUGAAUCUAAAAACCAGAAGUAAUUAUUUUUUAAAAUUAUAUUAAUACCUUCUAUUAUAAAAUCGAUCUGGAUGGAAGGAAUAUUGUCUUCUAGAGUAAGGGUCCUUUUUAUGGCCUGACAUCCAAUAUCAUGCGGGAUGAUUGUGUAAAGUGACUGAACGUCACAGGUAACUAAUAUAAAAUUGGGUUUCCAGCUAAAUUUAUUUAAAAAAUUUAAAAGUGACAUUGAGUCUUUCAAGUAAGAUUUCAUUAAUUUUACUGAAGGCUGGAGAAGGGUAUCGAUCUAUUGAGAAAGGUUACAUAAAAGAGACCCUAUUCCUGAGACAAUAGGUCUUCCUGGGGGUUGCUUUUCAUCUUUAUGGAUUUUGGGAAGGAAAUAAAUAACAGGAGUAAUAGGAAAUUCUUUGUUUAAAAAAUUAAAUUCUUGUUUGUUUAAAAUGUUUAGAUUAGACCCUUUAUUUAAAAAAGUAGAUAGUGUAAUUUGGAUAUUAUUUGUAGGAUCAGAUGGGAGUUUUUCGUAUACAUUUUUAUCAUCUAGUUGUCUUAGAGCUUCUUUAAUAUACAUUUCACUAGAUUGAAUAACUACUCCUCCAUACGUCACUUUUGGAAUUAUACAAUAUUGCACUACUGGUCGUCCUUCUCUCUCCCCUUUUGUCUUUUAUAUGAGUGGAACCUAUACAGCUUAUGAAGACUUCACUGCUGCAAUACUUACUAUAAAGACUAUCCGCAAGGACACUUAAGUUGAACUUUUAUUUCUAUUUUUAUUUUUAUUUUUAUUUAUUACGUUGGACAUUUUUUCUUAGUCACUCUAUUUUACUCUCUUAUUGGCGCAGCCUUUUAUUAUUGUUUUUACUGUUUUGUUUUAAAAGGGCUUGGAGGGUUUCCCUUUUUAAGGUUGCUGCCUGUUUAUUAAUUAGCGCUGUCUCUCCUUCCCAUAUACUCCUUACCACUUAUUUAUUCCCUCUUGAGAUAGCUGCUUUUUAAACUUAGCCAAUAUGUCUAUUUUUGAAUUUAGGAACAAAUACUCAAUUGAUGUAAAUAAUGUAUUUAAUACAGAAGUAAUUAACUCCAUUCAAUCAAUACCUUACAAUUCUAACCAACAAGAAUUGUUCAUUCAACUAGAAAAAGCUUUAGCUACAGAAAUUAAGCUAAAAUGGGAAAUCGCCACCUUUAAGAAAUAUAUAGAUGAGCAAAUCACUCCCCGUGGCUUAAGACUUUUAAAAUUACCCACCUCAGACCAAGAUGAUCUUGAAUUUAUGGAAGAAUGGAACAAUAAAUUAGAAUUAUGUACUUUUGGUUUGAUGGAAACCCUAAUUGUAAAAAAAAGCAAGAAACUAUCUAUUUUAGACAUUGAAAUAAACAAGCUUAGAGAGAAACUCCUACCGUUUACAGAUACGAAGGCCUACAAACAAAACUGUAUUAUUAUUCAGAAUAAAAUUGAAAAAGUUGAAGUAGACACAAAACAUUUGAAAAUUAAAAAAUAUAUCAGAGACAAAACUGAUUAUUCUAACAAACAAGUCAGAACUUACCAUUUGAAAAAAAAGUACACUUCUGAUAAUUACUCCACAAAGACCAAUCACUAUGAUCACCAAUAUGCCUAUUCUCACUCUUACAAUAACAAUCCACCACCUCCUAAAUAUCACAAUUUUGCCACACACAAAUCUUAUUACCAAUCUCCAUCUAUGAUGAGAUCCACUAAAAUCCCAGCUCAAUACCAUCAUGCUGUUUCAAAAAUACCAUAUCAAACUACCAAUCAACACCCUUCAUACAAACAAAAGAAACCUUUUCACUAUGCUCAUAAUCCUGUAACACAAUCCCCCAAAUAUCACUAUUCUUCUGGUCCUAAACUUUCACCCAAACCUCAAAGAUCACGAUACACUAACAAUUACCACGAAUAUUCAAAUUAUUCAAAAUCACCUCCUAUUCCUAAUCACCCCAACAGAUAUCAAUUGUUGUCAAUAGACUCUGAUUUUGAUAACGAGGACCAUUUUUUAGAAAUACGCACUCAUCCAUCCGCACUGGUUCAGACACCACAUCCGUCACGCUCCCAAAAACGAAUUUUAAGUUUAGAGGAAGACGAAGUGGAAGACGGGAGCAAAAGGGAAAGACUAGAAAGACAAUAAUAUCCCCCCAAAACUCCUGUAGUGGUAUUUUUAACCUUUCUCAAAAAGUUUUAUCUGCUGCUCAAGUGUCAGUUCUUAGCAAAGGUCUCAAAUUCGCUCCCACCUCCUCUUUUAAUCCAUUUCAGGCUUUUCUUGACGUAAAUAAAUUCGUCAGAAAAGCUACAUUAAAAAGAUUUUUUAAUAAUAAAACAGAUGUACCACCAACUCCCACCCCCUCUCCACAAGAUCAUGGUUUUAUCAAUACACACCUAAGAGAAAAAUCAAAGUUUUAUCCAUCACACUAUAAAUCUGCCCCUCUUAUUUUAUUUUAAAAAUUUGUCCAAAAAGAUCUGGAAAAAAUCAAAUAUAAUAAAUAUGAUGCAAAUAACCUAACAAACGCUGAGAGGAAGGCAAUUAAAGAACUUCAAGAAGAUAAAGAUAUCGUUAUAAAAUCAGCCGACAAAGGUGGAGGAGUAGUUAUUCAAUCUAGUGAAAUGUAUAUUAAAGAAGCUCUAAGACAACUAGAUGAUAAAAAUGUAUACGAAAAACUCCCAUCUGAUCCUACAAAUAAUAUCCAAAUUACACUAUCUACUUUUUUAAAUAAAGGGUCUAAUCUAAACAUUUUAAACAAACAAGAAUUUAAUUUUUUAAACAAAGAAUUUCCUAUUACUCCUGUUAUUUAUUUCCUUCCCAAAAUCCAUAAAGAUGAAAAGCAACCCCCAGGAAGACCUAUUGUCUCAGGAAUAGGGUCUCUUUUAUGUAACCUUUCUCAAUAGAUCGAUACCCUUCUCCAGCCUUCAGUAAAAUUAAUGAAAUCUUACUUGAAAGACUCAAUGUCACUUUUAAAUUUUUUAAAUAAAUUUAGCUGGAAACCCAAUUUUAUAUUAGUUACCUGUGACGUUCAGUCACUUUACACAAUCAUCCCGCAUGAUAUUGGAUGUCAGGCCAUAAAAAGGACCCUUACUCUAGAAGACAAUAUUCCUUCCAUCCAGAUCGAUUUUAUAAUAGAAGGUAUUAAUAUAAUUUUAAAAAAUAAUUACUUCUGGUUUUUAGAUUCAUUUUAUCUUCAAAAGAGGGGCACUGCUAUGGGUACUAGGUUUGCCCCAAGCUACGCUAAUCUGUUCAUGGCAGACUGGGAAUCCGAAGCUAUCUGGGGCAACCAUGCUUGGCGGGCAAACCUGGUCUCAUAUUUUAGAUACAUAGAUGAUCUUUUUUUUAUUUGGGAAGGACCAGAAGAAGACCUAAUUGUUUUUAUAAAUUAUCUUAAUACUAAUGAUAGGGGCAUUAUUUUAACACAUGAAUAUAGCAAAGAAUCUAUUAAUUUUUUGGACCUUAAUAUUUUUAUUAAAGAAGGCCAACUCCACACAAAACCUUUUUUAAAAAAGGUGUGUGUUAAUACAGCCAUCGACAAAACUAGUUGUCACUACAAGCCUUGGCUUGAGAGUGCUCCAAAGAGCCAGUUCCUACGUCUUCGUAGGAACUGUUCAGAAAUAACAGAUUUUAAUGAACAAGCUAAUAUCCUAAAAAAUAAAUUUAUGGAAAAAAGAUAUUUAGAAUCAGAGCUUAAUAACACAAUUAAUACAGUUAAACAAAAAGAACGAAAAGAUCUUCUGAUUUAUAAGAAUAAAGAAAAGGAUGAAUCUAUAUCUCUUCCUAUUAUUUUUAACUUCAAUAGCAAAAGUAAUAAUGUCAAAAAAAUUAUAAAAAAACAUUGGCAUAUACUUAAAGAAGACGAUAUUUUAAACUCAAUUUUACCCAACCAGCCAAAUAUCGUGUUUAGAGGGGCACCAAAUUUUAAAUCCAUUUUAACCACCAAUUUUACUCGAGAAUCGCCAGUUAGGGGUUUCUCCUUCUUCCCACAAACAAAAGGCUUUUAUAAAUGCAAACAAUGUAUAGUGUGUAGAACCACGGAUCCAUCUACCCCAUCUAAAAUUACUCAGUUUAUGUCCAAUAAGACUAAAAAAAAUGUAUAAUAUUUAUGAUUUUAUCGGCUGCAACACUAAAAAUGUUAUUUAUUUGCUCGAAUGCCCAUGUGGUCUCCAAUAUGUGGGGAUGACCACAAGGUGCUUAAAAAUAAGAUUGAGCAAACAUUGUAGGAAUAUCAAAAAUGGAUACUUAAAUCAUACAGUAUCCAAACAUUUUAUUAUGCAUAACAAAGAUCCUAAACUUCUAAAAUGUAUUGGUAUAAAAAAAUGUUCUACCCCCUGGCGAGGAGGAGACAUAAAAAAACUACUUGGGAAAAUAGAAAUGGAAUGGGUGUAUAACCUUAAGACCCUUAUACCCCAUGGCCUCAAUGCAGACUUUGACCUAUAUAAUUUUUUGUAAUACAAAAGUAUUUUACAUGUCUGUUUUACACCUAUGCCUUUUACUUUGCUCAACUGUAUUUUUUAUUUAUUAUUUUCUGUAUUUAAAAUAUUGUUUUAUUAUUUCUUAAUUUAUUUUAUUUAUAUUUUAUAUAUAUGUGCCCCUUUAGUAUAUGGCCCCAUUAAUUAUAUGUCCCUUUUAUUUUGCCUCUCUUUUUUGAUAUAUAGCUCCCUUUUUGGGAACUUUUGUCUUCAUGUCCCUUUAAUUUGAACGAGCUUAUCUUCAGCCGACUACAUUUCCCAUUAAGCAUAGCGGCAUUUUGUCCGAAUACCGGAAGUGCCGCAAGUCACGUGCUUAAUUUCGUUUGCUUAAUUUAUGCUUCCAAUACUUUUAUUUUUACUAGCAGAGUGUCUAAUGCAUUUCAGAUUUUGCCCUCUAUGUGGGCUUUCGUUUCUAUGUCCCCCAAUAUGUGGCAGCGCCUAUAUUAUACUCCUAGCCGCCAUUCGCGGCUUAUUGACUACAUUUCCCAUAAAGCAUAGCGGCAUAUAGUCCGAAAACCGGAAGUGCCGCGCGUCACGUGCGCAUUUUUAAUCACUUAAUUUAUGCUUUUAAAAACUUCGUUUUGGUUAUUAAAGUCAAUUAUGAGUGUUCUUAGACCCUAUAUUUUGGUUUUAUUGCUGUAUUUUAAAGUUUUUAUACUGCCAAAUGUAACUUAAGUUUGAUUGGAUGGACCAUUUUUGGCGCCAAAUUUAAACUCCUAUAUAAUACAACUAGCCAGGUAAUGUUUGCUAUUCCAUUUGACAAAGUCUGUUGACGAAACGCGUUAUGGAUAUUUUAUAUUGUGUAUUGUAAUAUUAAAGCAAUUUUUGGUAAUUUGUGCCAACUAUUCUUUUUUUAUAGUUUUAUAUACACAUUACUCUUUUUAUACCUGGCUUUUUAGUAUAUUUUAGUAUAUUUUUAGCAUUUUACUAUUAUAUACCAAUACUGACUUCGGAAGUCUCCUGCACUCCAAGAAAUCCUAAAGGUGGGGAUUAAUCCACCUAUGCUGAUACACAAGAGCAGUUGGUCUGCUCCUCAUUUGUAAGUACGUUUUCAUCUACUUAUAAUAAGACUACUAAAAUAGUGAGCACUAUUGGUUGUCUCUCUCUUUCCUUGUUUGAGAAUUGGACACCACUGACGGAGAGUAACCCACAGCAUAUCCCAAAAGCGGGGAUUAUACCGCUGUAUGCGCUUCUAUCCUAGAGCUGGACAUAAGCUCUAUUAAAUGUGAGUUCUUUAAUAUUAUUUUUCCAUACGUCACUUUUGGAAUUAUACAAUAUUGCACUACUGGUCGUCCUUCUCUCUCCCCUUUUGUCUUUUAUAUGAGUGGAACCUAUACAGCUUAUGAAGACUUCACUGCUGCAAUACUUACUAUAAAGACUAUCCGCAAGGACACUUAAGUUGAACUUUUAUUUCUAUUUUUAUUUUUAUUUAUUACGUUGGACAUUUUUUCUUAGUCACUCUAUUUUACUCUCUUAUUGGCGCAGCCUUUUAUUAUUGUUUUAGCCCAUUUCUGUGACCGUGCUCUUCGUGCUGCCAAGUAGAUCAUAUUGAGUAGUUUCUGCUCAUGUCGGUUGAGUCCUUCCGUGGGUCUGAAUAAUAGACACCCCCAUGGGUCUAGUGUCAGCUUUCUCUGCAAAACCCGUGAACUAAGGGUCACCACUUUUUCCCAUUAGGUUUUUAUGUUUGGGCACUGCCACCACAUAUGUAUAUAGCUGCCUUUGUUGCCACACAGGUGCCAACAUGUGUCUGUGAUACUCAUCCUAAUGUGGUAUUGUUUCACUGGUGUCAUGUACCACCUAAAGAGUGUCUUGUAGCGUGGCACACAUUGUCACCCUGGUGCAUGCCUCCCAUAUUUCCUGCCAGUCUAUUCCCUUCAGGACCUCCCCCAGGUCGGCUUCCCAUUUAUCAGUGUACCUGUUGGGUUCCCCAUAUCCUUGACUCUGAACUAAUGUGUUGGUAUAAGAGCGUUAUGAGUAGUUUCCUCGUAGCAGAGCUUUUCAAAGAAGGUUAACUUUUGUUUAGCUGCUGCUCGGACUUCUGGUGUAUGGGCGAAGUCUCUGGUCUGCAAGUAUCGAAAGUAGUCCCUAGUUUGGAGUAUUGCUUUAGUUUUUAAGUGAUUAAUAGUGACUACGUCAUUGUUUACGUACAGAUGGAUGUACCUUUGUAGCCCUGUGGCUUCUAUACCCUGAAGUCCCUAACUCUAAGUUCCGGAGAGAAGGCCCAGUUUCUGAGCACUGGUGUUAGAGGUGAGGGGUCGUUCCCUAGUACAUAUUUACUCUUGGUCUGAUCCCAUAUUUGUAUGGAGUUUAAAAUGGCUGGGCAGGUAGUUCUCAAGAUGGGUCUCUGUGUUUUGGGGACCCAUAGAAGAGAUGGGUUUUAAGGCACUUUUAAAAACUCUUUUUAACACUGUGAAUUCAGUUUGUUCUUGGAUAUUGAGAACAGCUUUUCUAUUUAAAAAUGUGUAAAAUAUCCAGGUUUGUUGGUGAUGGGUUUGAAAUAUGACUGAUAUCUAAAUACUCUACUAGUGUCCGAUUCCAGAAUGCUAAAGAGCAAUGGUUACUUUUGCCAUUUACACUAUUGCAUUAUUUUUAAUACAUUUUUGAAGUAUUUGGCAAAUUACAUCAAAAUUCAGUUCAGACAAGGCAACACGAGGGCAAACUAUGCAAAUGUAGAAUCGAAAUAGAAACACUGAGGUUUCUGCUGCAUUUUCCACAUUAUUUAUAAUGCUUUGCACGGCAAAGAAAAAUAUUGGCACAAACAGAAAAUGCUACAAAAUUUUAGUAUGAAAAUCAUUAUAGCACAUCUUAUAGUGGCAAAGUAUUGAGUCUGUAACAAUAAUUAGAAGCUAAGAUGGAGACCCCCAGUUGCAGCAUAAAGCGGUAUGGAUAUCUAUAUUUUAUCUUUUACAUCUCCACAUAUGCAAAUGUCUUCAAUAUAUGGGUAAGCAAACAUCCCUUUCCUAUGAACGUUGAAUGUGGUAUAGAACUGUCAGUUGAGUACUUGACAGGCUGAAUACCACUAAUGGCUCAGUGAUACUGCGGUUUGUGACUGGAUUGCUAUUUUUGAGUACCUCACUAAUGAGGCAUCACAGAAAUAAUUGUAUGGCGAUCUCACAAGGCAGGUGAUCGUAUGGACAGCCGUGUAUGAGACAUUUCCACAAUUUGAAUUUUGAGUAAUUUAUUUCUUUAGUUGCACUAGUUGUGUAGAAGUUGUUGGUUUUUAAGCAAAACUAUUUUUUCCUCCCAUUUGUAUAAGUUUUAAGAUGGAAUAAAUAGUCUAAAAUAUCCUGGGAAGUCACUAUUUGCAUUUUAGGUUCUAUAGAACAGAUGCUUAAACUAGGAUGAACAUGUACUAUUCCAGUAUACAAUACUUUCCUUUGCUAUAUUAAAGCUUAGUCUGGUUAGUAUGUAAUUAGAAAACUAUUGUAAUGCUGGGGCUGUGUUUUUUUAUUUUUGUAUCCAUUUACUAUUGCAAAUUUGUAAAGUACAUAAGUUUAUACGUACAUGCUGCUAAAGUGUAAUUUGCAGAGACCUUUUUUUUUUUCAGCUGUAUCAGUUGGUAAUUUAAAUAUGGCUGCUGAUUGGCUUGGGAGCAUCGUAUCCAUUAACUGUGGAAACACCUUGGGGGUGUAUCAAGGCCGUGUGUCUGCUGUUGAUCAACUUAAUCAAACCAUCUCUCUCACCCAGCCUUUCCACAAUGGCGUCAAGUGCUUGGUGCCAGAGGUCACUUUCAGGUUAGUGUAUUAUGCUGCGUUCAACCUGCCCACAAUUAUUGGAAUUUUCUACGAAGACCUGUUAAAUUACUAGUUGAUUUACAGAUCCCACCAUGUACCUGUAUUCAAAUCUAAUAUGGACUACUGUCUAUCUGGUGCAGUCCAUAGUGUUUUUUUUUUUUGUUUUUUUUUUAAAUAAUUUUGUUGACGUGCACAUUUGUAAUCUUCAAUAAAAUGUAUUUUGUUAAUUGGCUCAGACAUUUAUUUGAAAUAUGGCUUUAUUGCCAAAUUCUGUUCAUAGACUAAUAUUGCAGUUUUCAAUGCUAUGUUAUCUAUCCUUUGCAUAUAUUAACAUUUUAGGAAAAAAUGUGUGUGUGUUUGUGUGUGUGUAGAGGUGAUACUCGAAAAAAUAGAAUAUCGUGCAAAAGUUCAUUUUAUUUCAGUAAUGCAACGUAAAAGGGGAAACGAAUAUGAGAUGGACGCAUUACAUGCAAAGCAAGAUAGUUCAAGCCGUGAUUUGUCAUAAGUGCGAUGAUUAUGGCUUACAGUUCAUGAAAACCCCAAAUCCACAAUCUCAGUAAGUUAGAAUAUUGUGAAAAGGUGCAAUAUUCUAGGCUCACAGUGUCCCACUCUAAUCAGCUAAGUAAGCCAUAACACCUGCAAAGGGUUUCUGAGCCUUUAAAUGGUCUCUGUCUGGUUCAUUAGGAAUCACAAUCGUGUGUGUGUGUGUGUUAUUUUUUUAUUUAAUUUUUUUCUUCAAAAACCAAAAGUUUAUGGUGGGGAAAAAUUGUGAUUGAAAUCCCCUGAAGUCUGUGGAUAGUUAAUACAAUGUUAAAGGACCACUAUAGUGCCCUGAGGGUGCCCCCGGGAUCUAGGGGGAGGAAGGGGUUAAACUUACCUCUUUCUCCAGCGCCGGGCGGGGGACUCACCGCCUCCUCUCCUCCUCGGCUGCAUGCGCGGCAAGAGCAGCACGUGCAUUCAGCCAGUCUCAUAGGAAGGCAUUCACAAUGCUUUCCUAUGGACGCUGGCGUCUUCUCACUGUGAUUUUCAUAGUGAGAAGCGCGGAAGCGCCUCUAGCGGCUGUCAAUGAGACAGCCAUUAGAGGCUGGAUUAACCCAUUUGUAAACAUAGCAGUUUCUCUGAAACUGCUAUGUUUAUAGAAAAAAGGGUUAAUCCUAGAUGGACCAGGCACCCAGACCACUUCAUUAAGCUGAAAUGGUCUGGGUGCAUAUAGUGGUCCUUUAAACAAAGAUCUGCACACCAGGUAAGCCAUAAGACAUGCUUUUCCCACAGACUUCAGGUGGAAGGGGUUUUCAAUAUCCAUUCCACCUUUUUGGUUUUUGCUUCCCAAGCACUACCAAGCCUCAGUAGCAAACCAGUAACCAACCUCAUUUGCAUUAACAAUGAAACAGCGGUUCACUGGCUUUGGAUCUUUUCUUAAGUUUUUAAGUUGUGUUUCAAAGCUGUUGUAUACAGCAAACAGACUCAAAGGAAAAUGUGAUUCUUUGUUAAACUAAUUUGCAUUUGCCCACCCAGAAUCCUUUGCAGUAGUAAUAUCACUGCAAAUUUGUGAUUUCUGUGGGAAAAGAAAGUCCUAUGGCUUGACUGGUGUUUUGUUAAAAACAUUUUAACAGAAAGCAAGUUCUCGAAGUGCUGACCAUCUUGAAAAUAUAUAUAUACUCUUAAAAACAGAACAUUCGUUUCUUGUAAUACCUUUUUUAUUGGACUAACAGAAUUUUUAAUGACACACUUUCCGGAGAAUUUCUCUCUCUCAAGUUUGAAGCAUUUCUGAGCAAGACGACACAUAGAAUUCUAAAUUGAGUUGUGAUACGCAUAUACAUAUAAAGGUGUACCAUCUUCUGCACUCUCUGCUUGUUUUUUUUUUUUUUUCUUCUCCCUCUCCGCCCUCACUCUGAUCUUCAGAAAGAUAUAUUUAUGACCCUCUGCAAGAAUAUUGGUCUAUUUUCUAUCCAACCUGUGUCUUAUCUGCACUUAUGUUGCUUUAACCCCUGUAUCACAACUCCACUUUGAAUUCUAUGUGCUUCAGACUUGAGAAAGGGAGGUUCUCCCGAAAGCUCGUCAUUAAAAAUUCUGUUAGUCAAAUAAAAAAAGGUAUUACAAGAUACAAAUUUUUUCUGUCUUUACAUCUGCAUCACUGGACUAAUACGGCUACAAUCUCUGCUUAAACACUAUAUGUAUAAUAAUAAUUUCCAAGAUGGUCAACACUUAGAGGACUUGCUUUCUGUUAAAAUGUUUGGGUUUUUUUAAACCGACAAAUUGACUGCAAUAAAAGCUAAGUUUUAACAGAAACAAGUCCUCUGAGUGCUGACCAUUCUUGUACGUUUGUGUGGAUUUACUGCAUGUUACAGCACAAGGCAUAAAAUACCUGUAUUUCCAUGAGUGCAGACAUCUUUCAGAGAUAUAUAUAUAUAUAUAUAUAUAUAUAUAUAUAUUCAAAAUUAUUCGACCCCAUUGAAAAUCAGGUUUGUCAGAAUUUAGACUUUCAGCUGUUUGCAAUGAACACAUCAAACAAAAGCAAAUAACAUAGCUCAAUACAAUGAAUGCUUCAAGUGGUUUCCCCAAAUUCAACUGAAAAUGCAACUUAUGAUGACUGGCAUUUUUAGUACUUAAUGGUGCACCCGUUUGCUGUUAUGACCUGCUGCAAAUAAGAUGCAUGAUUACUUAGGAAUUUUGGCUCAUUGACCAUGAGCAAUGGCCUCCAGUUCAGUAAUCUUGAGUUUGCAUGCUGCAAUCGACUUCUUCAAAUCGCACUAGAGAUUUUCUAUGGGAUUCAAGUCCGGUGACUGGCCUCUGUAGAAUCUUCCAGGACUACUUGUGCAACCAAGCCUUGUCAGAAAUCUGGUUGCAGCAAUUAAUGGCUUAAUUUUUCUUCCUCAUUCAGGUAGUAUAACCACUGUUCCUUCAAAUUUGAACUUGUGAACUAUGCUUCCAACGGUUUUUUAAAGGACCACUCUAGGCACCCAGACCACUUCAGCUUAAUGAAGUGGUCUGGGUGCCAGGUCCCAUUAGGAUUAACCCCGCCCCCCUUUUUUUUUUAAUAAAAACUGCUAUGUUUAUAAAUGUUAAUCCAGCCUCAAAUCCUCUAGUGGCUGUCUCAUUGACAGCGUUAGAGGCGCUAUGUGUUUCUCACUGUGAAAAUCACAGAGAAGACGCCAGCGUCCAUAGGAAAGCAUUGUAAAUGCUUUCCUAUGAGACUGGCUGAAUGUGCGCGCAGCUCUUGCCGCGCGCGCAUUCAGCCGGAAGGAGAUCGGAGGAGGAGAGCCCCCGCCCGGCGCUGGAAAAAAAGGUAAGUUUUAACCCUUUCCUCUCCCCAGAGCCGGGCGGGAGUGGGUCCCUGAGGGUGGGGGCACCCUCAGGGCACUAUAGUGCCAGGAAAACGAGUGUGUUUUCCUGGCACUAUAGUGGUCCUUUAAGGGAGAAGAGCUUAACUCUGUGGACCAUUCUUUUGAGUUGGCCAUAAUUCUAACAUGCAGUCAAACAUGACUCUCAACAAGCCCCUAGGCAGUUUAGGUAUUUCAAGUGUUCCAGCUCAAGCACACCUGGUGCAACUAAUGAAGCCCUUGAUUAGUUGCAUCAGGUGUGCAUAAGACAAUGUCUAUUUUGCAUAUUUGUGCUGUUGUAAGGGAUUAUUUUAAGGGGGUUGAAUCAUUUUGAGACUUGAAGUCAUAACAGAACAAAAUCAAAUGGCACACUGACCGCAGUCCACUUUUUAAAAUACUUGGGUAUGUUGUUAGACCCCAAUCUAUCUUUUGGCCUCCACAUAGAAAAACUUGCAUCUAAACUUUACCCAAAACUAGGUGCCCUUUAAAGAAACAAAUCCUGCCUAAGCCCUGCAGUUAAGGAAAAGAUUGUACAGCAAAUGCUGAUGCCAAUCAUUGAUUAUGGGGAUGUAGUAUAUGCACCUGCACCGCAAACCCACCUUAAUAAACUCAACACACUGUAUAACUCGUUCUGUCGAUUUGUGUUACAAUGUAAUUACAGGACCAACCAUUGUGACAUGCUAAAAGAAUUGAACUGGCUGUCGCUGGAAUCCAGACGCACCCUUCAUCUUUCCAGCCUUGCGUUUAAGAGCUUCUCUGGGAAGCUCCCUCCCUACCUGAGCAGAAUGCUCUCCCCGGCUGUUCCCACCUCCCUAUAACCUCCGAUCCAGUACCAGCACUUAUUUAGUCUACCUCAAUACAAAAAGAAAGCGGCCCGAUCCUCCUUUUCCUACAGAGCACCGCAAUUAUGGAACAACUUCCUGCACACGUUAAAAUCUUCCCCAAGCCUAAAAUCCUUUUAAGAGAUCCAUCUCUACAUAUCUCAAAACAGAAUGCACCUGUCAUGGUUGAUUAUAUAUUUCCUACCUGUUCUAUGUUAAAUUUUGCCUAUUUUGUGUAUUUUGUAUUUUAUUGCACCCCAUUGUAUCAAUGCAAUGUUUUGUGGACACAGGACAUUCUUGAAAACGAGAGAAAUCUAAAUGUAUACAUCCUGGUAAAAUCUCUUAUAAAUAAAUAAAUAGGUUGCAUUUGUGUCGUUAUUGCCAUUUAUAUAGCGCCAACAGAUUCUGUAGCGCUUAGUGUUGAGCUAUUUAUAUUGUUUUUGUUUGAUUUUAUUCACUACAAACAGCUGAAGGUCUGUACAUUUUGACCAUAAACCUGAUUUUUAAAUGGAGGUUGAAUCAUUUUGAUUACAACUGUAUAUAUCUCUUUAUAUCGAUCUUUAAAUCCCUGCAGUACUCGGGGGUCUUAAUUACUCACCAUCGCAAGCUUGGAGGGUAUAUAGCACACUCAUCAGUGGUGAAUUUCUACUUGAAUGAAAAUUUUGAGCAGUGUGUAUGUAUACAAUAUAUUUUUUUUUUUUUUUUUAACAUUGUUGUAAAACCGCAUUUGGAAUUCUGUUUUCUUGGUUUUUUUUUUUUGUAUUUCUCAUGAUUUAUCUUAAUAUUUUUGAAACCUGACUAGAGCGGGAGACAUAGUGGAUUUAAAAAUUCUGGAGAUCCCUGUGGAUAGUCCUCGCACAAACCACCAGCUCCCUGACGAUCCUUCAGGCUCCAGCUGUGUAUCUACCAGUCAACAGAAUGGCAUGAGCAAGCAGAAAUCCUCCACGACAGUGGGCACAUCCCAGGGUAUCCCACGAAGAGCAGAUGCAAAGGGCAAUGAACCUGCCGGAACCUCCCCGCAGCCCUGCUCAAAGAGCCAUGUGGAUAAGCACACUGAUGGCAUUGGGCAACCGAAAAACUUUCGCCGCAGGCACAACUCGUGUGAGUACCUUCUUAAUCUUGAUGGUUUUGUUCAGAAUGGUAUUUGGAAAAUAGUUUUCCUUCCUAAUUACUGAAGGUAAGGCUUAUCCCUGCAGAAGGUUCACCCCAACAUCGUUUAUCCAAUGUAGCCAACAAGACAAUUCUUGUUGGUGAAUAGUCAGUAUUUUGAUAUUAGGACGAUUUGUUAAUGAAGACUUACAUGGCUCUUUCUACUGAUUUCAGGCAAAAUGGAUCAAAUUGGAGUGUAGUCCCUGCUGUGCUGUCUUAUCUUUCCUUGUUAUAACUGUGCAUGAUUGAAGCCUCACAAUAGCACUUUACUGACAUAUAUUACUGAUAUAGUGUGUGUGUGUGUUUUUGUUUGUUUGUUUUUCCCUCAAUUGAUACGCCUGUAUCUAAAGAGCAAUAUUCGUUGUAACUCAUUUAUGACAAGACAUUGAUAUAUGUACACGGAGUCCUGUCUCAGCGACUGCUUCUCUGUAUUUGGUCACUUGUAGAUCUACAUUCUAAAAAGAUGCUGACUACAGUCUUUCAACUUUUUUACAUUUUUUUUUUUUUUUACGCACGUCUGUGAGUAAUUUACAUUUGACAUUGUGGAGCAAAGCAUAUAUAAAAAAAAAAGUAAAUCUUUUUCUCUUGAUCUGGGCAUAUGCUUAUAAUUAUGUUGGUACUCUGCGAAUAGAUUUUAUUUGUAUUUAUUUUUUUCUCACACAUACUUUCACACUGUUUAAAGGAGCCCCUUUAGAGACCCUUGACAGUCCAGCAAUUUAGAAAUCUUUGAAAUAAUUUAACUGAAAUUGUGGGUGAUUACACUGGAAACCAUAUGUGCAGUUGGCUGAAGUUAAACCACCAAACAAUAGAUUAUAUUCUUGGUUAUUCAUUUUUGAAUGAAGAAAGUCUCUACAUCUGAAAGAUAAAGGCGGGGGGUGCAGAAAUUUGUGAAACGCGAGAAGACAGUACACCGCAGCAUCAUUUUGUUGUUGGGAACAUUUUGCACUUAUCCAGUUCAGGAUAACAUGUAAUGGACAACAUGUAUUUUCACAAAAUGCUGAUCAGAAUUCUCAAAACGCCUCUUCUAAUAAUAUCUGUAUACUUCAAAUACUUUAUGUAUUUUACUGUAAAAAAAACUAUUUAAAUGUAAAAAUCCACACCUCUUUAUCCUGCACCUGAACGCCACCAUGGUAGCUCCCUGGCAGUCCUUUUUGAGAGUACUGUUCUCGUGUACCUGGUGGUCCGCAUAGAACACAUAUAAUGUGAAGAGGCAAAAUUAAACCAUGUUUAUUUACCUUCAUGUGCAAUAUAUUCCCUGGAUUGUCAUUUUUGCUAAAUCUAUAAUGUAAAUUCAAAAGAAAAGUGAGAAUCUCAUGGGGGAGAAAAAGUUAAUACAAAUUAUAGUGAGUUUUCAAUGUUCAAUGGUGUAAAUUCCAGAGACUUACUGUUCCCCAUUAAGUGUAUUGAUCUCUGUGUGAAAUUAACUGUAAUUUUAUAAAUUUAAAGAAUCUGUCGAAAAUUAAAUAUCUUUACCAACUGAUCACUGGUCCACACAGAUGCCUUUUAUGGAGAAGCAUCGAGGACCUGUGGUGUAUGCACAGCAGUAGCCAUGUUUGAUGCCAUACCUCAUUUUGCACUUGAAUACCUUUUGAAUAUUUGAAGGGUGUAAAGAGAAAAAUUGUGUUUUUUUUCAGACAAAUGUAAACAUUUCCUUUUCUACAAUACUUCAGAUGUCCAAUAAAAAGGAAAGGAUCUUUGCACCAAAACAACCGGUAUAUGAAGAUUUACCUGCUAUGGUACUUGUGGUGCAUUACUACAUUGUGCUAGCAAAUGUGUUUUGAUGCAUAUGAUCUUCUCAUAUGCAAACAGUAACACUCUCUUUGCUAAAGACUGCGUGAUGGGAAAGAGAACCCUUGUACAAGCAAUAUGUACUGUAGUUGCUGUGAUUACUCCUUUGAGCAGGUCUUACUAGACAAGUACAAAAUUAAAUAGAAAUGUUACUGUUCUUAUGCAUGGUCAUUGGGGGAGAAAGGGCGGGCGGCUAAUUGUCCUGCUUUGCCAUUAGAUUUUUGGCCAAUCUAGAUGGGGAUGUGCAGGAGGCAUCAACCGCAAUGCUGGAGAGGCGAUGAGUAUUAACAUAGCACCUCCUAAUAUAAUAGCGUAUGUUAAAUGAUUAUAUUGCGUUCGGACAAGGGUCUCAAAGUCCUGGAUAUACUUCUGUCUGUCUUCUGUAAUGCUAGUGGCUUGUCUGCAUCAGGUCCGUGAUCACAAUUUGCUGUGGUUGUGAAGCCUGGCUUGUUGGGUAAAUGGCACUUGCCUGCGCAGUGUGCUCCUGCCAGCCUGAUCAGUAAAGUUCAAACAUUCAUUAGCAUGCCAGAAGUGAAGUGACUCAGGUGCUUAGUGCUUGCAGUGCAGGGAAGUGGCCUUCACUAAGAGUACAUUUUAACUUGAGACUCCUGCAAUGUGCAUUACAGAUCACAGAUUUCAAUUUAAAAUGGAGAAUUAUGCGGAGUGUGCAGUGAGUAAUGAUUUAUGUAAAUAUGUCUAUUAUUGAUCAAGAUCUAGGUGAUGGUGAUAUAUUAAGAACUGUUUUUUUUUUUUUUUUUUUUAAAUACCAAUGGUGUCUGGCAGAGUUUUUAAAGAGAUCUUAGCUUGGCUUAGAAUAAUACCGUGUGAUGGUCCUUAAUUAUUGUUCUGUGCUACCGAACAAUGCUUUAGAGCCAUUUCUUCUAACCUGUUCUGUGUGCAGUAGAAUGACUUCCAGGGCAGGUCUGUUUGGCUACUGUAUGCUUUAUACAAACCAACACCCUUUCUCACCACGGAACUCUUGCUUGCACGCAUAGAAUAAGAAAGGAGACACGGAGGCAGGGCAUUUUUUUUUCUCUUUGUUUUUGUUUGGGGUAGCGGUUAGGCAGGAUUGUUCAAUGAUUGUUUCUGUCUGAAUUUGUUUUUUGUUUUUUUUUCCCCUUUCUCUUCAGUGUUUCAUUGAAGGCCGUUUCCUGCUGAGAACAUGCUGCUUAGUUUUCUGGAACACACACAGAAUUAGAUUAGAUUGUUUUGCCUGUGGGUAAAGCAAGUUCAUGUCUCAAAGCGUGUGCUGCCUCCCAGCUCAGUCACAUUAUCACGGAGAUGUGUUGCUGCAGUUCUGCCUCUAGGAGGUGGGAAUUCUUCCCUGUAUGGGGGAUUUAAACUGCUUGUAUUUCUGCCGCAGGCACGCUGUAAUUUAAUUAAGAAAAAAAAAUGUUUCGGCUGCCUCUGUUAUAGAUUUUUGUUGCACGGAAAUGAAAUUACGUUUGUGUGUUUUCUAUAUGUUUCUAUGGUCAAUUUUGCUGUAGCUUGUACUAUACAAAGACCCUGCUAUGGCUGCAGUUAAGGCUUUCAUGUGCCCCUUGAAUGGAUAGGAGGCAUUCUACCUCAAUUGCAUGUCUGAUAUCAGGGAAAAACACUCUCCGUGUGUGUGUCCAUUUGCUUCUACCAUUGUCAUCACGGUCUCAUCCAGUUGCUUGCUCAGAUAUUAUGCUCUGGAAGGAAAAGAAAAUUGCUUAUCAAAGAUAUCUGCUCCCAUAUCUUUAGCCAGAGGGCCAUCUUUGGAUACCUGGUUAUAGUUCUGUGCCCUGUGUAUUGGUUAUUAGCGCCUGAAGCUGUACUUGCUGGUUUUCAUUAACAUUACAAGUGGGCUUGUAUCUAAUGGAGUGUCAACGCAGGGGAGAAAAUCCUGUAUUUGACAAAAUGAGGGGUGACCAUUAAAAGGUUAUUUCAGAUGUGAAAUAUUUAAUUUCAUGAGAAUCUGCAACUUCUGUCAAAGAUUUCAUCAUACAGGGUAGCUAGGAACACCGCCUAACAAAUGGGUCAAAAAUGGGAAAAGGUAGAGUAUUGGCCUUAGGACUUAAGAUCCAGGAGUAAAGAAGAACUUCCUUGCAGCCAUUUAAUAUAGUAUUCCUAGCUAUAGAGGACAAUUGCAAGGUGUCUGGCUCUGACUGCUGUCUUAACAGUAAAUGCACAAAUACAUGCUAAGAGGUACUGAGAAAAGUACAGCUAUGCAGAUAUCUGCAAGCAUGUAGAACAAGCCUAUAUUGGAGACUUACCUGUGCACAUUGCUUCCCACCAUCCUUCCUUCAAUUAAAGAGAAAACUAGUAAAGCGAUCACACAGCAGAUGGUAGGUACAUGCACGUUACUAUUUAGAAGUGCAGCAGUAACCCAUUUAGAUUUAUUCAAGGGUUUUUCCAGUAUGAGGCUGCACUCCAGGGUUCUUUAAAAGAACUAUAACAACCUUUGAUCCGUGCAUAGCUCUUGGUAUAAGGAGUUUCAGACCUCUGCUACGGUCUUUCACAGCUAGGCAGUAAGCUUGUAUUAGCUGCAGUACAACAUCUAUGGGCAACCAUUUCAUCCAUCUUGUCUCGUGGCCAUUAAACCUCUGAUCAUACUAGCCUCUGGUGGAGGGCCACACCCACCGAGAACAAAGGGAUAUCUAGGAAUGGCUGGCUAGUUGAUCUCCACUACUUGGUUUGGGCAAAUGGACCGCUCAUUGCUCAUCUGCUGGAUUGUUUUUUAUAGUGAUGUUGAAGAUAUUUUCAAAAGCAUAGGUCUAAUUACUAAACAUCAAAAAUAUUAGUAAAACUCUAUGCUUUUAUACAGUGCCAAUAAACACACACUUUAUGAAGCGCUCUCAAAUACAUCAAAUAAGGUUAUAUAGAGCUUACUACAGUUGUAUUUUAUCUGUUCAGUCUUCUACGUGCUUUGUCCUUCCUGCUCCUUUGAAUGUCUUGCAAUUUUUUUUUUCUAAAAGUGUUGGCACAAAUUGGUGUGUUCUGUAUCGUUUUUGUUUUCUAAUCUAUUUAUAUUUUUCUUAUCUUCUGAAAUUCCUUCCUGAAUUUAUCAACAGCUUGAACAAUAGAUUGACAAUAUAGCACUUUUAUUCAAAAUGCUUUAUAAUACUUUAAAGGGGUGGGGGGAGGGCUUCUGGUCAUAUUCAAUUGGAAUAUACUUAAGUAGCCAGCUUUGUUUUUUGGUUUCCCAAUAGAAAAUCUCGCCUGGUCAGACUUCUGUGCAAGCAAUUUGAUUUUAUUAGCUCUUCUUUUUCCCCUUGAAUUCUGUUACUGGUACUUUAAGAGCUGCACCAUUAAGCAAUUGUUUAUAUUUUUCCGUGUUUGAUUCUUGAAAUUCAUGCCCCACCCUCCCCCUUAUGCCUUUUCUAAUUUCCACAAACAAGAUGAGAUGACUUUACCUGUUUGGUUUCUUCUUGCUAUUGUACUACCUGGUAUUCAACUAGUUAUUGCUCGAGCAAGGAUCCUGGCUUCCUGCCAUUAUGAGAUUUUAUUGACACUAAUGAGGAUGUGCUGGAUUAAGUGUAAAGAAAACACUUCAGUGUAUGUUUUAAAUGCUGCCUAGUUUAGUGUAGAAUUGUUUUGUUUAGGUGCCAGUUUACAUAAGACUACAUGGUCCCCAUGUGAUGGAGUUUACAGUAUGAGCUCACCAGGAUUUGUUUACCCAGAGCAGUGUUUCUUAACAAAGCCCCACUAGUAACAGAUUUCCUUUAUAGUAGAUACCCUUUAGCAACAUUUACUGCUAGCAUUUUACAUUUUCUUUUCAAAUCCCGCUCUCCCAUCACGUAGCACCACAUAUUUUCUGAUCAGCAAGUCUCGUUGGACAGCAUGGGCUUGGCUUGAUCACUCUGGUUUGCUGGAAGUGUUUGAAUAGAUUAUCCUGUUUAUGUAUGAGAUGUGUUGUUAACGCGUGCAGAAAUCCCCAAUCAGUGCAUGUACUAUGAUAUGCGCUGGAUAAAAUACUAUCAAAUUUAGCAUCCAAUAUGUGUUUGCUAUUAGGAAUGUUGCCUUACCGGCUUUAUUGCAGUUAAUCUUAAAAUCAAGAAAAUUGGUCCCUAAAAAUGCUGUAAAUAUUAAAACGUUUUACCUCCCUCCACCCCCCCCAUUCCCCUUUCUCAAUUUGAAGUAGCAUUCUAUUACUGCAGCAUUACAUUAAGACCUCUGUUUUUACUUCUAUCCUUCUUCUAUAAUCAGCCAGCAUCCAGUUGGCCGUGCAGUCAUUACGAUACCUGCAGAGCACUGGCUGCAGAUUGGAAAGCGAGAUUUCAAGUACCCUCUCUGGACAGAUGGAGAUUGGGAGGGGUAAGGUUGGCUUAGCAAGUCAAAUAUAGAAAUUGCAAUAGUUUAAGUUGGGUUCUGCUUCUUAUAACCUUUGUUGCUUCUGCUGUUAGGCUGGUUAUAGUUAUGAUUUCUAGCUUUGUAAGUGAACAAUUUCUGAAGUACAGAAUGAUACAAAAUCUUACCCUACCUAUUAAUGUUUUUUUUUUUUUUUUCCUCCAAUCGUCCAGGGUCUUCCAGCAGUCGUUACCCCAAUCAGGUCACCCCAAAGAAGACUGGCCCAAAGAAUGGGCAGCUAAAGGCUCGAGAUGAUGAAUGCUUUGGAGAUGAACUAGAAGAGAUUCCAGACACAGACUUUGACUUUGAAGGCAAUUUAGCUCUUUUCGACAAGGCGGCCAUCUUUGAGGAAAUAGACACACGUGAAAAGAAAGGUGGGAGUGCAGGAGGUGGUGUAGCAAAGUCAAGAGGAACUCCAAAUGAAAGACCUCCUACUUACAGGCAUGACGAGAACAUCAUAGAGUCGGAACCUAUUGUAUACAGAAGGAUUCUGGUCCCUCAGCCUGGUGGAAAGGAAUAUUGUACAGGUAAGAGAUUCUAUGGAAGAACAAAAUUACACCACUUGUAGGUUGUCUUUCUGUAGUAUUUAUAUAUUAAUAGCAAAUAAAUGUGACAUUGUUCAGCUAACCUGUUACCUCCUCACUUAUUUACACUUUGGUUACCAUGACAUAUCUCUGAAUCCCCUCGCACAAAGUAUAGAACUUGACUCUUAAUAUACACCUUCCAUGACCAUCUGCAGGUUUUUGGAUUGUAGUGAUCUGGGGAAGGUGACACCGCAAAUUGGGAGUCAGUUUUUGAUACCUGCUGUGUGGCUGCUUGUUGGCCACCCAUGUUGCAAAGGAAAUACAUGUCUUGUGUAAAUGCUCUAAACUUAGAUCGUUCCCAUGGUUUUCAAAGGUAGAAAUGUUUGCAUGUCUUUGCUUCUAUUAUGGUAACAGUUUCAUGCUUCCACCCCCCCUCCCCCUUCAGUAUUUCAGGUGACUAAGGAGUUAAUGUAGCACAGUGUAUUUGUUUAUUUUUUUUACAACUGACCUGUGCACCUUUUACCACACUGUAAGCGAUCGCUCAGCGUGCAUCUUAUGUUGCGUGUUAAGAAAGCUGCUUAACUGAUAUCUUGCCUGGCUUCACAGCCAGCUGUAAAAUCUCAUAGUAAAACUUUGCAAACAACCCGCCGCCCUCCCUCCCUCUUUCCUUGUAAUUACUUGGCUUCCUGAGCAGCCGUAACCCACGAUUUCCUAUCCACAAUCCAUUCUGGCUGCAAUUAAAUCCUAGAGGGAGAGCUAUGAGCUGUGCUUGAGCUCUCCUGUUUUUCUCUUGAUUCCCUUUAGCACAGUUAAUCUUGGAUUUCUCUUUGGGUGAUUUAACCUGCUUUUGUGUCUCUCCCCCUUUCCCCCUUAUAUAGUUUUACCCUUUCCCCUUUAUAGAAGGCGUGGUGGAACCAAAUCUGCAUUGCGUGUGUGAGUUUGGAGGUGUGCCUUGUGCACUAGCACACAUGUUAAGCAGUAAUUAAAGGAAGUCUAAAUAUUGGCUUUAAAUUCUCUUGUUGCGUGAGAGCACUGUUUCUGCCCCUACACUAUUAUUUUUUAUUUUUUUUCCCUCUCCUUCACAUACUUAUAAUUCAUUUAUAUGGUCCCACCUUUGGUUUUUCCUGGGAGUGAGAGAGUUAAACUUGCUCACAGUUCCUGGAAAUUCAGUUCCCAGUACACGGUGAGCGUGCCAGUGAGAUAAUGCUGCAUGGCACGCAAAGUGUAAGAGGGACACUGCGAUACUUAUUUAUUACACUUACGUAAUACUUACUAUAGCCUUCAGACAUCAUUUUGUUUGUCAUCUUGUUCCCAGAUCACAUUUAAAAACCUAAGUGAUCAGUAUAAAAAAAAAAGCCUAUUAGAAGCAGACCUGUCUUGGUGCUAGAUGACCAGUAGGUUAAUAAAUAGGUAAUCAUGCUAAAAGUUCCCCGAUUUUGGGAAUAUCCAAUAUACAAGUUUACUAGUUUACUGUGUUCUGAUGUGUUUUAUAAUAAUAAUUAAAAAAAAAAGUAUUGAAGCUGUAGGGAUUUUUUUAAAAUUGAUUUUUAAAAUAAAUUGUACAAAACGUGACUCCUGGAAAUGGUUAUCUUCUGUGAGUUUACAUUCAGAUAGUGAUAAGUGCAUUGGUACAUUGUGCUGGUGAUAUCAUAUCACCCACAUGUGUAUAGGUUUAAAGAUGUACUUUUUAUAUACCAUAUUUCAGACAUCUGACAUUUUCUGACUCCACGCACACCAUCUCGCCUUGGAGUAGAUUAUACAAGUGUGAAUGCAGAUGUCCUGUCCUCAAAUGACUUUAUCUGUAUCCCAUAAUUUCUUGGUGUAAAUGCUUGAUCGUUGUAGUCCUCUAAAACAGGAGUCUCUACUACUAGGUGGGUGGCAGAGUAGUAAAGACCAAGAAGGUUAAAAUAACUCUUCAUAUACACAUAUAUAUAGAUUAGAAUUGUAUUCUCCUUUUUUGCAUAACUAAACUGAAAAUUAAAUCUGGAAUAUUCAGGCUAAAAUGGCCAUACUCUGACUAUAGCACGUGUUGCAUUUUUUUGCCUACAUUUUGAAAUUGGGCUUUUAUCUCUUAUUUACCAUGGAGUAAACAAACAACAACAGGUUAAUUUUAAGAACAUUUAUUGUACAAUUGGUAAACAUGUUGCCCCCAGGCAGGAGGUUGUUAAGCAGAAUGUUUAGCUGUCCAAAGGAGACUUGGGAAUGAAUGAACACCCCUUUAAAUAAGGUUGCGUGUGACUUGAGAACAGCUGGGGUGAGCAGGUGCAUGUAGAGUAACCUGUCAGGCAGCUUUCUAUCCUGCAGCUCUCUCAUUCAUGCUCUGCAAAGAGUUCUGUCUGCCAGCCCUCAGAACUUGGCCUCUGGAGUCAACAAAUCGUAAUCCAUUCAAUUUCUGUAGGACUUGUUACAUCCUGUGACAUGGUGUUUUUGUGUAUUGAAACGUAAUAAGCCAUGUAUUUGGUUGGCUACAUGUUCUCUUUAUUUUUUGUGAAAAAAAAAUAAAUAAAUAAAUAAUAAAAUAUAUAUAUAUAUAUAUAUUUCAUAUUAUCUCUAGAUCUGUCAUUCCACAUACAGUGGCAAACUUGCUCUCUGCACACCUAUGAAAUGUAUUUACAAUAAACUCUCAACGUGAUCCUAUUUGCCUCCCAAAAGACUCUAGUGAGGCAGGAAAAGUCAAAAUGAGGGACACAAUGCAAGUGAAGGCAGACUUUCAAAUCUGCUAAGAAAGUGUGAUCCAGUGUCAUCAGAUAUUGAGUUGGCCAUAUCGUGUUGAAGCUCCAUAAAUAUUGCACCAAGGGGCCAAUGAUGAACCAUAACAGACUGAGUAACAGGAAUCUAAGUGUAUUCUGUGCCACCUUUCAACACACUAUAGAGGGCUAGUGUGCUGAAACCCAAAGUCUAUAACUAGUGGAAACCCUUGAUAUAUUCUUUAUGAAAGAAAAUUAGAGACUUCUUUGUGGACCUAAGCAGUCCACUUUUGUUCAAUCCCAGCAGCAGUCACAAAUGACUGCUGUCGGGUUCUGGCAAUGUCUUUGGAGGAUCUUGUGGGUUCCUCCACAGACUUUAGUGUUGUAUUUACACGCAUGCGUACAACACUGACGUGGCUUCUGAUAACUGAAGCACCAGGAUCCAAAGAGUACAGUUUCAUGUAGAGGGUGGUGCCUGUGAUGGACAGCCUGAGGUAAGUGAUAUACAUCCAUCCCUGCACUCUGUGGCCACCAGACCCACAUCAGAUCUGUCUGUUUUGGGAGCCUUUUCGAAAUGUAGAGCUCUGAAAUUAGCGGACUUGCUUGAACUAGUUUAGAACAGACCUGUUAGACCAUGGAAAAUAUAAAAACACAGCUGAAAAAGCUUUGUGAUAUAUUCUAACAUUGUUGUAGUUAUUGUAAAUUAAUUAAUUGGAAAUGGCAGAAAUUAAAAAAAAUUUUUGUUUGGGACACACAUUUCACACUGUGCAGUAAACUACAUCCACGAGGGCAUACUCCUCUCUGGUCUUAUCCUUCAUGGCUUUCUGGUAAUCUCCAGAAGUAUUACAGAUAAAGUGGCACUGGAAGGAGGCACCUUGGCAUGGGUUCAAUUCCAUGUACAUAACGUGAGAAGGAAAUGUUGUGGUGCCAGAAGUUUACCAGCUGCCUCGGUUUGAGGUGAAAUGCUUGGCUUGAUGCCUGGGCUCCGUGUUGCUCUCAUGCCAACUUUUAAUUGCAGCUGCCAGACUUUCGUGCUAUAGAACAACAGACUCUGCUCCCUGCUCUCCACGUGGCUGGGGUGUCACCCGUAGUCAGACAUGUUCUCCUUUUUUGUUGCACGCAAGCCUGUAGGAGUAACCUGUGACAAGACACACUCGGUGACCCAAAGAAGGGACCCAUGUAAUCUGCUCAAACCGCAUUCUGCAUCUACGGAUUGUAAGCGCUUAUUAUCUGGGCCAGCAACACCUUUCUAAAAAUAAAGAAAUGUAUGCAUGCACAUUAGCACUUUUUUUUUUUCCCCUUCCUUUGCUUUACAUGGAAAUAGAGUAUGUUAGGUUAUGGGUUUCAGAAUAUGAUGUAUGUCCUGUGCUUUGUGUCGAUUCCUGAAGAUGGGAUCUGCUGCCACAUUUUCUUGUUUCUGCUCUGCAGUGUUGAUUUUUAAUAUACAAUGUCAACUUUGGUAGAUGGCGCCACACAUCAAAUAUCAUCUUUUAGCGAAUGUCUUUGAGGAUUUCUCAUUAUGAAGUCUGAAGAAUUCGCAAAGUGCGGAAAUAACCUUCCUGAUAUGUAUUUUUCUUUUUAUCUCUUAUUAGAGAUGUUACACUGAACAAAGGUCAAUAUGUCCCAUGUUAUUUAGAAUGCUAGUACUGUCUAAGGGCUUGAGCCUGACCAAUAUAAUAUAAAACUGGUGAGAAACUGCAUUCUAAAAUGGCAAUCGGGUAUAGAUCCAAACAAAGCUGGUUUUCUCCUGCUAAACAAACUAAAACUCCCGUUACCUCUGCUGUUAUUCUGUAACAACCUAUGUAACCCAACCUCCUCAUAAGCUUUAUAGACUGGGUUUUAAAAAAUAGCAAUAAGUGUCAAGGGUUACUUGUUCUGUGAUCUGGCACUCUGUUCAUUCCUUUAUAGACUGAAUUACUUUAAUGCUGGCUCAAUUGCCAGCCCCACUAAUGUAUCCUGGAAAUGCCUCUCCUCUGCAUGCUGAUGUGGAGUACAUGAAAAGUUAUGCCAUAUGUAGUAUUCCUGUGCUGCAGGAGGGACAUCCAUGUACUAAUCAAGGAGGAUUCACAAAGAAGCUGCUCGGUUGGCUUACUUUAUGCAGACUUAGUAUUCUUUAAUACAGGGUUGCAUUUUCAUGUUCUGCAUAUUGGGGGGGGGGUGCUGUUUGGGAAAAUGAGGUGUACCUGGUGACCCUGAAUUCUAAAUAUAAUAACCGUAGUAUGUAAUCAGUUGUGCAGAACUACCCAGAAAUUUCAAACACUGUCUCAGUCGAAGAAUCCUUGCCAAUCUCACACAAUGUCUGCAGUAUGGCUGAUUUAUUGGUUCCAUGUGUUCAGAGUAGGUUUCCUAUUUGUCUUGCAGAUUCCGGCUUGGUGGUACCCAGCAUCUCGUAUAGCUUGCACAAGAAACUUCUCUGUGUGGCCGAGAAGCAUGGUCUGUCUGUUGAAAGACGGUUAGAAAUUUCUGGCGUUUGUGCUAGUCAGAUGGCAUUAACACUUCUUGGGGGACCCAACAGGUGAGUUGUUUGUGUACGUACAUGUAAUAAACAGUCUGUGCCUUAUCAGUUAGACACUGCUAAUACUAGGUAGGAACUUCCUUUAGGCAGAGCUAUGUGCACCAUGGAUUCAACAAGAUGCUGGGAACAAUUUUAAGCAAUUUUGGUCCACAUUUUACUGUAAACCUCCUGUUCUACAUCAUCCCAGAUAUGUUCUGUUAGAGUGAGAUAAUUAUUGUUUAGAGUCAAUAUGCUGUGCUGCCUUGUACAAUUCAAUUAAAGUUUGUAUGCAAUUCAUGGAACCAACACUCGCUGGUAAGGUGGGCUGCCAGUUCUGAGGCAGCGACAUCACCACUGCACUUACCAGCUGAUAUACUGCUUCCGGCUCUCAAUGAGAAGUAACUGAGGCAAGAAAACAGCACCCAGCAUACCCCAGGUAAGAACGUAGCUCUAUAAAUCAGUUGUUUGAAUGGUUUAUCAAACACUGCACAGUUCAGAGCGAUAAGUAAAUGCAGUUAAACAGUGAUCUUAACUGGUAGCUAUUGAAAGUACUAAAAUGGCCACCAUAGACCUUGAACCUGCUUGUUACUGUGAAAGAACCAACAUUAUCAACAAGCUGAGCAGUACAGAUCAGGAAAUGCAUGUAGGAGCUGGGUUAGCCGAUUUCUUGUACCUUUUAUUUAAUAUCUUCCAAGACCUCACGAUGUGUGCUUAACUCUGCCUACGGCGAUGGAUUAUAUUGACUGUACUGAAAUGUUACAUAGUGUUAAAAGGCUUUUAUUUCAGAGCAUUGCUCAGUGUCUUUAAGUCUCAUUAUAACCACUUCCUACUGCUAGAUCACAGAGCCUGGCCGCCAGGCGUGCAAGAUAAGAACUCAGGAAUGAGGCCAGUUAUACAACUGGGCCAAAAUUUCCCAGUGUUAAAGUGAUAUGAGGCAGCACGGAAUGUUCCACUCUUCACACGCGAUGCUGCGACUCUUCAGCUCACCUCUCAUAAUGCAAUCACACCUCUCUAGCAAUACCAGUUCGUCAGGGUUACAGCCAUGCACACAAUUUAGCAAGGUCGUGCUUUGCGAGGCUUGCGUGUGUGUAAACAAGUCUAGAUAAAUUACCUGGUGUGGCCUUGUCAGCAAAGUGUGAAUAAACCGGAUAUCAUUAUUAUUGUAUUUAACUGAUUGACAUUUUCUGAGGAUUUAACAUGUCUAUUAACUGAUAAAUACCUUCAUGGCUUCAGGAAAUGAUUCCUAAGUUCUCUCCUCCUAUCCAGUGUUGUGUUUUUGUUGCUCUGCCCCCCAAUACAUGGAGUGUAUAUGCAGCGGGUUUUUUUUGGGGGGGGGGUGUUUAUUUAUUUUUUCUUUAAAAAAAAAAAAAAAAAUCUAUAACCAGGUGGACGGAGAGGUGACAUGCAUUCAGGGCUUAAAAAACCCUUAUAGUAGGGUUUCCUGCACAUGACAUCCGCCAUUAAGGAUCCCUCCCCCCCAUGUCAUUUUCACAAUCUGUUACGGACAUAGGGAAAAGGGCAUGGUCUAUGGAGUGUCUUGCAGGAUUAUUCUUGGACCUCAGUGCUGUACUCAUGCAUAUUCCAGAGUACAACACUGACGUGGGCUCAUGGUUGCGGCCACGCAUGACAGAUUCAGGUAAGUAAAACUCACUUUUCCUGCACCUCACGGCCACCUCGCUGUAAGCAAAUAUGCAUAGCCCCUAGACUGUAACAGUUGCUUUAAAAGGGUACUCUAAGCCCCUAAGUAUUACAGCUCAUUGUAGCAGAUAUAACGCAAAGAGCUUUUUGGGCACCAUUCCUCUAGUUUGUGUGAAACCAUUUGGCCAAAAACAAAUCUCUUCCAACCACUACAGCACAACCCCUUUACUGCUAAUCUGAAAUGAAUAGAAGUACUGGCCAUCCAACUCUGGGCACAGUUAUAGGCUGUCCUAUCCCAUAGUGCCAUAAGCCUUUCUUUGCUAUUUGGGAUUUCAGGAAAAGGACCAUCACUUUUUAUAUAUGCAAACAUACACCUUAAAGAAUGUUAAUCUUGGUGGCUUUUUUUUCCCUUUGAGUUAGAAUCUUGAACUGCUUUGAUCACCACUUUUUUUUUUUUUUAAGGCUAAACCCUAAGAAUGUGCACCAGAGACCUACUGUUGCUCUCCUUUGUGGACCCCAUGUAAAGGGGGCACAGGGCAUAAGCUGCGGACGUCACUUGGCCAACCACGACGUAGACAUCAUCCUCUUUCUGCCAAAUUUUGUGAAAAUGUUGGAACCUGUGACAAACGAGUUAAAUCUGUUCUGUCAGACUCAGGGCAAGCAAGUGCCAAAUGUCAAAGGUUAGUGGCCAGCUGUGCUACUCUUUUUGUAAUGCAUUGGUUUUAGUAAAGAUGUUAUAAUCUGAUAUACCUGUACUGCCAAGUUCAUCCAAGGCGUGUGUUUGUUUUCAUUCCCUCCAUACUUUAAGUAAUUUCCAUAGGUAUUUUGUUCUCUAAAGGUUUGAAGAUGAUGAUGAUGUAAGCUCCCCAAUAAUCCAUAAAUCAUUCACUGAUUCAGAAUUAAGUGUUUUUUGCUGUACAACUGGGUAAAAUGUUUUCUAGUCAACACAUAUCCUGGUGUCCGUGUGCCAUGGUAUAUAGAAUUUGGAGUUUGAUGUAUCAUUUGUGGAGGACUCCUUCCAUGGGUUGUCACUGCUGAUGUUUUGUGUGCCUGGUGGGUGCUGUUUGCCUAGUGAGUAAGCGAUCGGUACAAACUCCUUUUCCCAAUCACUUCCUCUUUCCUACUUUUUAAUUUUUAAUCUAUUUCUAAGUAAAAAUAUAUACUACAAAGUAUGGACUACUUUUGUCUUAUGUAUUUUUCCUAUGCCUGAGCUACAGUGUCAAUCCUGACAGCUUUCACCAGUGAUGGCUGAAGGGAAGGGUCUAUGGAGGGUCUCACGAGAUCACAGCAUGACGUCGGCUCCUGGUGCUGAAGAGAACCUGCCAGAGAAAGAUGGCAGCGCCAUUGUGAGACAUUGUGUGUCUCUGUCAAAGUUUUUGUGGUGUUAUUUUUCACUCACACAUUCUACUUUGGGCAUAGAUUCUCAGCUCCUGUUAGGUGUUACUGCCAAAGGACACCCCAAUAUGUGCUCAGCAACAUCUCCCAAGUACAGAGAUACCACCCAUGCAUACGUGUGUCUGGUUCACUGGGGGGUGCAAAGCAAAAUGUCUGAUAUGCAUUUUAAAAUUUUACAUAUCUUGUUUGCCUAUCUUCCUUUUGGGGGCCUUAUCAGAUAUUCCAAUGUAUUUUCUUGCCAUGAGCGUGCAUAUAUUUGAAAAGUUGACACCCCGCAGUAUUGUAUAUGGAGUGUUUUGAUGCCUUAGAUGCAAUCAUUUUCGUCAAAAAAAGUUGAAGUGUGUGGAGGUAACUGUUCAAUCCUCAUUUUUACACACGCACACUGCUUUUCGACUGUGAUUUAGGAGAGCCCGUUGUAAUGUAACAAAACCAAAAAAAAGACACCAAAAAAAUCGUAUCGUUUGAAGCAGUCUCCAAUGCAGAGUCCAGGACAAUCAGGACAGUGAUAUACAGUAUCUUUUCUCUGCUCCAUCUUAAAACAGACUCUGCAUCUUUUUUGGGGAUUCUGCAGUAGGGGGAAUUUUAAAAAUAAAAUGUGUAGCCCCAACUCUGCUCUCUCCCAUCACCGCCCCGGGGAGCAGGUGCAUCAUGGUACAAAAUCCCCGAAAUGAUCUGGAGCUGAAACUGUAAAAAUCUCAGUUGCGUCCCGGGGUUUUCUUUUUUUGAACAAGAAAGCGUUGUGGGUUGCAAUCUGCAUUAGGUAGAUUGCAACCUUUUUGUACCAGGCCCUUGUCUUUUGUAUAAUUAGGUAGGGCUGCAGCAGCUGAUCUGCCAGAUCAACCCCACCCAUAUACCGGUUAUAGGCCUUGAUGCACACUGGCUUCCUUGUUCUCUCAGCUCUGCCACGUACAGGGACCUCCACAGUCCCCUCAGUGUGGAUGGUGGUAAGAAGGUACACAUCCUUCUUGUCUCUGUACUUAACUGCCAACAGCUCCUCUUGGCACAGAGCUGAGGUCUCCCCCUUUUUUAGCCGGGUGCGUGCAAGUUGUCCUGGGAAACCUGUGCUGUUCUUUUUGAUUGUGCCACAAGCUACUGUAUCAAAACAGUACAGUAGCUUGAACAAAGGGACACUUGUAUAAAUAUUGUCAGUAUACAAGUGGUACCCUUUGUUCAUCAGGGGGAAUAUCAGGUCCCAGACAAUCUUGCCACUGGUUCCCAUAUGUUCUGGGCAACCUGGAGGGUCAAGGUGGCUAUCCUUUCCCUCGUACACCCGGAAGGCCUGAGUAUACCCAUUCUCGCUAUCACAGAGCUUAUACAUCUUUACACCAUACCUAGAGCGCUUGGAAGGAACAUACUGCUUGAAUCCCAGCCUUCCCUUAUACUUCAUCAGGGAUUCAUCCACGCAUAUAUUUCUUCCAGGUAUAUAAGCCUCUGCAAACCUGGCAGCGAAGUGGGUAAUCAGGGGGCGGAUUUUAUACAGCCUGUCAAACUGGGGAUGCUCCCUAGGGGGACACAGGCUGUUGUUGCUGAAGUCCAUGAAAUGCAGAAUCAUUUCAUACCUCUUCCUCGACCUACAUUGGGAGUAAAUGGGGGUAGAGCAGAUGGAGCUACUGCUCCAGUAGGAACGGAUAGUGGGCUUCUUUAUUAUGCCCAUCAGCAUAGUCAAUGCCCAGAAUCUUUUAAAUUCUGGCACAUCGAUGGGGCCCAUUGCUGCUUUGCCAAAAAAGAGUCAGGAUUUGUAGCUCGGAAUUGAUGGGCAUAUAAAUUUGACAAUGUUCCCCAAUACAUCAUCGCGAAUGAAACACCUCCAUAAACUGCUGAGGGCUAAAUCCUGUGACAUCCAAAUUAAUGCCAGGAUUUGCAGUAAAGGAUGGGAUGUCUGGCCUCUGGCGAUGAGGCACUACCCACUCCUCAGCAGUUCUGCCAGCUGGAGCAGCACGUCUCCUUCUGGCAGGGGGACUAGCAGGCACAGAUACAACAUCACUAGAUGCAUCACUAGCAGCAGACACUGUAUCUAGUGAUGAUGUAUCUGAGCACCUGGCAGGGUCAAAAUAAGGGUCAGAGUCUGACAUAGACAUGUCAGACUCUAGCGCAAGGGUGGCAUAUGACUGCUCAGCGCUGGUUGACUUCCGUGACCCAUGUGACAUGAUCACAAUCACUUAGUGACCUGUCACAAAAAAACCCUAAAAGAAUGAACAGACAGCAAAAUAAGUGCUGCUGUGCAAGAGCCUGUGAUCUGUAUAGUGAUCACUGGCAAGACGGGUUAAUCGUUCUGAAAAGAGCCUUUGGGUCUCAAGAUCUGUCUCCCUCUCUCACUAAAACACAAGUGAAGAGAUGGAGGCAGAUCCACACUAAUCAGAGAAAUGGGGAACACGCUUGGGAUGAAAUUGCUAAUGGGGCAAGCUGUGAUUGGAUGACCCCAGCCUGCCCCUUAUGAUGAGGCAGGCUAGGGACACCCCCAGAAGCCCCAUGAUUCACUGCCUUUAGAAAGGGAGGGGGGUUAAUAUUGAUCAUUUUAUUUAUUUUAUAUAUAUUUUUUUUAUAUAUAUUAUAUAUACACUGAGUGCCAGGACCCCUCGAGGCACUCAGCACAUACAGAGCAUCACUGCAAUACUAUCAGAGCUUCCAGCGCUCAAAAAAGCUGCGGACGUACCAGGUACGUCCAGGGUCAUUAUGGACCGUUUUUUGUCAGACGUACCUGAUACGUCCGCGGUCGGGAAGGGGUUAAAGAAAUGUCCCGAGGUAUCCAGGAAUACAUAGGUUUCCCUGGUCACACUGUGUGGUAACAAUCCCAUAUAAAUGCCUGUUUGCGGUUCUAACUUUGAGCUUUGCAAGCUGAGCAUUGGUCAGACUGGGGUCACAAAUUCUGGGGUUCCCAGUUAUCAGCAUGGAAACAGUGCUGGAAAAAUACUACAAAUUUUGCGCCAUGCGUCCUUAAGGGACUAAUAUAUGCAAGGUUUGUUGGUAAACAGUUUAACUUUUUAUUUUAAAAUUUUCUCUCCUCCCCUCCCACAUUGUUGAACGUCUUUUACAUUGCACAACCGAUUUAAUUUAAAUAAAAAGCUUGGAAAUCUGUUGUGAUUUGUGAAAUAAUGUAGAUCUUCUUUAAAUCUGUUUAACUUCACUGGGGAAAAUUAAAUUACACUUGUUUCCUUUAUUCACCAACAGACCAGCAUAAUGAUCCCUGUUAAACUCAUGCCACAUGUGAAACUGGUAUGAAUACCAUCCUGCACUGAGAAUAAGAUAUUAUCUCGUUAGUCAUGGGAAGGGAUACUAAACACGAAAGUAAACCUCAGAAAUGUGCAUUAUGGGAAAAAACGUUUUCUCAUCCAUAUUUUUAUUUGUUAUAAUUCUUUACUUCUCUGUGUUUAUCUUGCACUGCAAAAAUAAAGUAAUUGCAAUUAAAUGAUUAAACAGAAUGUUGAAAUAGAUAUCUGAAAUUCUGCACUAUUUUUGGGGGAAAACAGAGUAAGAGAAUAUGCUUGUAUAUUGGAUUAACAAUAAACGAGUUGACUGUUAAAGCUCAUCAUAUAUGGUAAAACAAUUUUAAUAUUGACUGCAUGUUGAAACUGAAGGCAUUGUAAGCUAUGAGUGGGUGAGUUGCACCAGUGGCAGAGUUCCAUGUUAGGAGUCUAAAUCAGUCUGACACAAUGAUGUUACCCAGAGGUGCAUGGUGAUUCGAUGGGCAGAUGAGGGUGGCCCGGUCUUGGCUUGUAAUGUGUGGCAGGCUGCUGCACCGAUGCCUUCUGUACACGUGUGCUAGGUGCUCGGGCUUUAUAACUGGCGUUGGUGUUGGGGCAGAGUUCGCCACGGUCUCUUCCUCCCAGAUGCGUUCGGCCUAGGUCCGCACCCAACACUCGGCCAGCUGUGCGAUACAGCUUCCCAACUGCGGCGAGAGCCUGGAUCAGAAUUCCUCAAACAGCCUGUCUAGGCCUGUCAAGAUGUGGGACAUCAUUCCAAAAAAAAAGGAAAUGGGAGGGUGCCUAUGUUUAGACUUCUCUGUCUCAUAUGUCAAAUCAGAGAAUAUAACAAAGUAACCAUAACCCUAAAAUAUAACCAGAAACAAACACAAUAUUGUAAUACUGUAAGGGCACAUCAAAGGACAAUUUCUAGUUAUAUGUACACAGAUACACAUUGGCAAAACCAUGUGAUAUUCCAGACAAUUUAUAUGAAAUCACUGGUGAUGACCAAUAGAUUAAAGGAACACUAGUGUCAGACAUAGAAACUUGUAUUCCUGACACUAAAGGUGUGAAAACACAGUUUAGGUGCCUUGCCCUCCCACCUGUGGAAAAUUUGAAUUCUGCUCCCGGUUUUCCAACGCCGUGAAGACCUCCUUGUGGCUUUCCAUGCACACACUCCGCCUCCUGGGCUGUUAUCAUCGGCUUUCAUCUCAGCCAAUCCAGUGCUUUCUACAGGAAAGCAUUGAGGCUAUUGCACAUGCACUUCAAAACAUGCCAAUUCUGCAUCAAUCAGCAACUCCUCAUAGAGAUACAUUGAAUCAAUCAUGGGCAGUGUUCAGCGUCUCCGUGUGGAGAUGUUGAAUGUCAUUGCUGCACCAGAGCUUCGCAAUUGCCACUCAUUCUCUGUAGGUCAUUGUGGGAAUGGUGACUGCUGUGAAGAACGUGUGUAUACAUUGUAAAAGGCAAUAAAAGGGCCUGAAAGGAAAAAGUUCAGAGAGAUUGAAAAUGGCCACAACAAGAAAAUAAACAGAAUAUAAAUGGAGGGGGGAAGGCCCUCUAAAAGCAUUCCACAUUAACUAUAUCAAAUAUUUUUUUUUAAAUUUAAUUUGUAUACAACACCUCACCUGCUUACCUGGGAGUUCUGUUUAUUUUGUUGUUUUUUUCUUAUCUGUUUAGUGUACCACUAAGUGUAGAACUGGUCUGAUUAAUGGUUUGCCUGUGACAUGUGAGCAUUAUUUAUAAACACUGUCUAUAUAUACUCUGAGCGUGAUUCUGCAUCACUCUGGCUUCUAAGGUUAAGUGGUAAUGGCACAACAUUGCCAUCUAGUGGAAUUUUAUACCACUCAUUCAUUAAUGAGUUGUACUCCUGUGCAUGUACAAGAGAGCAUGGUCUCUGCUGCUCUCCCAAGCAAGAAUGUCACCAACCUGUAUCGUUCAAAACCCCCAGAAAGUGACAGAACUGCUUUAAAGAUGGCUACAUAUUGACCUUUAUAAUCUUUGUGAAUCCCUUCAUACCUUAAAAUAAAGGAGGUGGGAGGGAUCCUCCAUUAAUGUAGGUAAACGUAGCCACCUUUGGUUGCUCUGCACUCAGUCACAAUGAUUUACAGCGUUUUAAUACAAUGCUAUACACAGUGUGGGUGAUAUCAUCUCUGCAGGGCAGGGGAGCUAGGUCUCCACACAGCUUCCUUUGCCACAAAAAUCUAAUUUUGCAUUCUUUAUUUUUCUUGCGUGGAGGUAUUUUACCUUGGGGGUUUUUUGUGUUGUGAUAUUUUUAUUUUAAAGAUACAUGUAUAAAUCUACAAUCCUCUAAGACAUUUACAAUAUUAUGCUUCCCAUGUUUAUAGUGUGAUACCUUUAAUAAUAUCAGAAGGAUGCAUUUUAUUAAAGUACCAACUGAGUUGUCCUCUUUUGUAACUUAUAUAUAUAUAUUUUUUAAUUUUUUUUUGUUUAUCUAGAUCUUCCAGACUGCCCUGUGGAUUUAGUCAUAAACUGUCUGGACUGCCAUGAAAAUGCUUUCCUGCGUGACCAGCCGUGGUACCGAGCAGCGGUAGACUGGGCCAAUGGCAACCGUGCACCUGUGCUUAGCAUUGACCCUCCUGUAAAUGAUCAAGAGCAAGGUAUACAUGCCAAGUGGUCACUGGAGCUGGGCCUCCCUCUGGCACUGGGGGAGCAGGCAGGACGUGUGUACCUCUGUGAUAUUGGCAUCCCUCAGAAGGUGUUCAGGGAGGUGGGAAUAAGCUACCACUCACCAUUUGGAUGCAAGUUUGUGAUUCCAUUGCAUUCCAUCUAAGGGUGGUGCAAUCUAUUGGAUUUGCAUGCCCAGACUGAGACACUGUUGCCUUAAGAAGAUGGGCACAGCUGCCAUCGAUACUUUUUUUUUUUUUUUUUUUAAUAAAACACCAAUGGUGAUCCUUAUGUUUAUCUGAACAAUACAUGCCUACAUGCUUACGGACACACCGGUAUUAAAUGCAUUGGACUACAUAGGGAACAGGUUUUUUUUUAUUAUUAUAUUUAAUUUUUUUCCCUCCUCCUUUUCUGUGAUUACUCUCCAUUGAGAGGAAGCAUGCAUCUAGCAGUGAGAUGUGAAAGAUGUCAUGUAUUACUUUAGUUGUCAAUUCCCGUUAUUCAUGCAUUUUCUAUUUAGUAACCAAUGCCUGUUAUCAUGCAACUCGACGGUCCUCACUGUAUACUCAAUCCCUGUACGAGGGCUGUGCGGUGCACUCGAAGGAUUGAGAAAUAACUGCUGUGUUCUUUACCAAAUGAAAAUACUUUGUGUCAUUACCGGUUCUGUGUUGCUGGCUUUGUUGUGGAUAGUGGGAAUGGGGGUUGUCUUGAACAUGCUUAGAAUGGCGGAAGCUGAAGGUUUGUUCAAUAUACUGACAAAAGAGGAUUGAAAAUAUGGUGUCUAGCUAAAAUAGCUGAGCUAUAAAAUGCCUUACCGGACAAAUUAACCUGAGUUCGAUAUGGAAUCAAGUCCCUCCAAAGCGAAAGAGAGAGAAAGGAACACAAUGCUUCAGCAAGCUCCUCCUCCAAAUAUAUUUGCUGCACAGCUGUUCAAAAGCCUACAUUUUGCAAUAUUGUUUAAUGAAUAAACAAGAUAGGGCUCUGAUUUUA